UAUUUCAAGCUGUGGGUUGAGGAACCUAUUUACGCAUCCUUCCAUUUCACCCCCAGAGGAAACUGAUGAUCUAUGAUUUCUUGUAACAUACAAAUAUGAUUAUGUUGGUUGGAUUUGCUCAUGAGCUCUUGAUGAAAAAUGAAAUUUCAGAGACCAUGGAUGUUAAGGAUACAAGAGAAUUCCACUGAAACAUGAAAUUACGUGAGUGGCAUGGUGGCAGUUGCUGAAUUCAGAGCUCUCAGGUCUGGGUUCUAUCUUGAGUACAGUUGGCUGUCUGUGUGGAGUUUUGCAUGUUCUCCCUUUGUUCUGUUCUCUCUUUUCCUCCCACUGUCGGAAAACAUACAGGUCAGCUAGAAUUGGCUACUUUAAAUUGUCCCUAGGUGUGAAUUAUUAGUGUGUGUAUGUGUGUGUACAUGAUGAUCUGUGGGGUGAAUUCUGUCUUGUGCUCAGUGUUCCUGGAAUAGGUUCUAUAUUUUACCUCCAGUUAAGUGCAUUAUACACUCAUAUUUACAACAAUAAUUAAAUACACAUAUGAACAUUAUUAUUUGUUCAAAUUCCCAUUUCUGGGAUUGAAUGUGUAGCUCCUUUAUCACAUUGUAUUUUCCUCUUUGCAUCAAUGUUUUUUUCCUGACAAACUGCAUUCAGUUAACUUUGUGGUGACUGGUUUACCUCUGUAUAAACAAACAUCACUCAUGCAAGAGGUUUUGCAGUAUGAAACUCAGCUCAGGUGUGGUCUUACAGCAUUACCUUUUGAAAAGCCCACUCAUAACUAUAGUCACAGCUCAUGAAAACAGUGAGACCAACAAACAUUCCUAAUUUAAAUAUUGUGCUUUGUGUCUGCAUGCUAAACACACUUCUUUCAACAUGAGAAGAAUUUUUUGUGUUAUCUUGGGCUUAUGUACUAUGAGUUUGGCUAUUUCAUCUCAUGUCCCUGUCCAGUAUGUGCCGCUGGGCAACAAAGUUCGGAUACCAUGUGAUGGUUAUGGGGAUCACAGAACUGGCAAGUGGCUGCACAAAAAAGGUGAAAAUAAGUUUGAGACAAUUUUUCAUGAAAAUUCGGGAUUCACUUUCCAAAACAAACCUCUGUCAACCAGGAAAAAGAUUUUCAGGAACUUUUCUUUAGAAAUCACUCAUUUCACUGAGCUGGACAAGGGGACAUAUGUUUGUCAAUUGUGUACAUCUAUAAUGAGAUGUACUAAUGGCAAACCAAUAACCCUAUUACCCUUGUUUGACACAUUUUCUACAGCAUUAAGGACACUGUUUAUUAUGGAAGGUGAUCAAUUCAGUUAUAGCUGUCUCUACAAUUUAACCCUGAAAGCGGACUGGAGAUUUGAAGCACUUGGAGAAAACACUGCAAUUUCUUUAAACCAUGAAUUGAAUAAUAAAAAUGUGUUGUUCAUUCCGGAUGUUCAGCCAACUAAUGCAGGCAAGUACAGCUACUGGGGUGAGACAUCAACUGGACAACAGCAGAGACUGUGCUCUGUGACUCUGUGUGUACUUACAGUCAGAGGUGUAAAGCUGACUGAUUCUCCACAGAAUUGUACCCUGUACUGUGAUGUAGAUAUGGAUGCAGAUGGAGGAGCCUCGGCUGUUGUAGAAACAGAUAAAUGGAAUAUCUCAAUUACUGGGAGAGUGAAUAAGCCAAAGAGUUCUUUGAACUGCAGGCUGCUGAGUAGUGAUGUGGAGACACACACAUUCAGCCUUGAGGAUGCCGCUGCUACUGCUCAGUUGCAUGUCAUUUCAUCCAUUACUGCAGAUCACUUGUACAGCAGCCGUCCCCCGGUAGCUGCAUUAAUAUGCAUGUCUACAGCUCUUCUUUUCAUCAUCUUAAUAGCUCCUUUUAUACUUUUACGUGUUUUACGACAGAUGGCUGACAGAAACUCUAGAAGUGCAAAUGGACAUUCAGAGGAGGGAAACGAGUCUCAGGUGAUUUAUUCUACCCUUCAAGUUGGUAGAUAUCAGCAACAGAAUGUCUUCACAUCUGAUAUUGAGUGUGUGUACAGUCAGAUUAAAGUGUAGGAAAAAAACAUAAUUUUACAUAAUACACUUUUAAACAAAUUAUUGUUACUAAUAGCAUUUGUUAUUCUUUGAGCCUGAAUUAAUAAUAAUUAUUGCAACACAAAUUUAUCUGUGGUACUGUUUUGAUGUCAGCUGUUUAUCAAAUUAUCAUGUUCACUAUCUACUGAAGCGGUAACAUUGUGUGUCCUUGCUUGCUUUAGAACACAGAAAAAAAGACUUUUAAAUUACUCUUGGGUCACAUAGUAUAUUUAUUUUAAUAAAAGCCUGUAUGAAUGAAGUGUUGAAUCAACUACAAGCAUAUGUACAUGCCAGUGCUGGAAAGCAGCAUAUUACAUUAAUUUCAGUAUUAGAUGAACAAUCCCAUUGAUGGUGGAUCACAGUCAUUCAACUGUGACACUGGCCUGCACUAUUGUCAUGUUCACUGGAAGAUGUUUAUUCUGAUUAUUUAUAUAGAAACCCUCAACUUUACAUUAAAAGCUACAUUGU